AUGGACUUCUCAGACAGCUUCCGCAUCGUCAACCUGGUGGUUGCCGUCAUCAUGAUACUCGGCGGAAUCUCUCAGUUCUUCCCGCUCGGCUUCCAAUCCAUUAUUAUCGGAUGCUAUGUCAUGAUCUUCGGCCUCGCCACCGGCCUCCUCGAGUUCCAGAUCCCGCCGCAGGUCUCGCGCUACGCCUCCUUCCUCUUCAGCUUCAUCGGCCGCGGCGCCUUCUACAUCUUCGUCGGCUCCAUCCUGCUCGACGGCCACGUCCUGCGCAUAAUCGCCGGCUCCAUCGUCGGCCUCAUCGGCGUCUGCUACGCCGUCCUCGAGUUCAUCCCCUCCAUCGAGCCCCCGGCCAACAUGAGGGAGGCCGACGCCGGCUGGGGCGCCGAGCAGGUGUAG